CGGUGCUGGGGUUCAUCUAAAUCACAGCGUUUGAGUACAAGUGUGACAUCCCUGAACUUAGUCUUAAACGUGAAAAAUUGAUUCUUUAAGGAGCUCUGCCGCCAUUAUGUUUUUGUUUUUUUUUUUCCCUUUUUACCUGGUUUAGAAUUAAAGAAAAAGUGGAUCCUUGUCCUUCUUGUGGAGAAGCGCCCGUCUUUCUAAUGAAUGAAAACACUUUUGUUUUGAAUGAAGCCCUGGCCUGGCGCGUCUGCACUGUCCUCUCGCUCGGGCCAUGUGCCACUACACGGCAAACGUUUGAAACGGUGGAGGAUUGAAUAAUAUGUAACGAAGAGCAGGGGCUGGGAAGGGUUCAGUGACGGGGACGUGCGGGAGGCGGCGCGGCGUGGCGCUCAGUGUCUGAGGAAGAGGAAGAAAGGCAAAGCGGAGCAGAGCCGAGCCGAGCAGCGCUGCACACACAGGGCCGCCUCUCCCGCCCGGCGUUCCGAUACCGCGUUAGAGACAAAAGCAGCGAGUGUGCGGCGCCAUGUCGAAGAACACCGUAUCCGACCGCUUCAGGAAGGUGGACGUGGAUGAGUACGACGAGAACAAAUUCGUGGACGAGGAGGACGGGGCGGAAAACCAGCUGGGUCCGGACGAGGCGGAGGUGGACUCCUUCAUCAGACAAGGGAACUUGAUAGGAGCUUUGCAGGCUGUUCUAAAGAACCCCCCCAUCAACACAAAGAACCAGAAUGUCAAGGAUCGAGCCGAGGGUCUGGUUCUGAAAGUACUCAGCUCCUUCAAGAGCAGCGACAUUGAGAAAGCUGUGCAGUCCCUGGACAAGAAUGGCGUGGACCUCCUCAUGAAAUACAUCUACAAGGGGUUUGAGAAGCCUUCUGAGAAAAGCAGUGCAGUUCUUUUGCAGUGGCACGAGAAGGCCCUGUCUGCUGGAGGGGUUGGUUCUAUUGUUAGAGUGCUGACUGCGAGGAAGACGGUCUAAAGGACCCUCAUGCUUGCUUCGCACUGUCAGGAUUGGCUGGUACAUAAAAGCCAAGGGUUUUGCAGGGUGCCAUAGAACACCCCACUCGCUGUAUGCACUUCGCAUCUUUGUCUCCUACCCGCUCAAGCCUUUCCUCACAUUCCUCCCAGUCAGACGUCAGGAGGCUGCCGUACCUCUAUAAACUGGAUAUGAUCGGAUCAGACCGGCCAACGAUCUGUGCGCGAUCAAGCAGGCAUGUUGGUACAAAAGAAGCUCUGCGACUAAUUUGUAACUUCACAUUAAUGCACUCAGGAAUAUUUUUAUUCAAAGGUAACUUUCAUUAAGGGCACAACUGUUUAAUGUUUAAUUUUCUCCAAGCUGAUUGGCUUUCCAAAGGGCAUUAUGUAUCCAGGAAAUCACACAGGUUUGCAUUUUAUUUUAGGAAGCAGUCCAAGCACUCAAGAUUUCUUUAUGAGUUUGCCUCCUGCGUGUCCUCAUUUUUCACAUCUUUGUAAUACUCCCGUAAUCCAUGUUGGCUAUCGCCACGCACCAUCUAGUCAUAAUUGGGGGCCAUUAGACUGGUUAUGUUUCAACUUAGAGACCUUAAGCAUUUUUCAGACAUAAAUUUAAAAUUACAUUUAAUGUGCAUUUUGCUGUCUUUCAGCAUUUGUGUUAAUGUAACGCCUCUUCUUUUCAACUGCGCUGACACUGAAGCUGAUGAAUUCUUACAAGGUUCAUGUUUCCUACUAUUACCUGUUGUUAAUCUAACUGCUGAAUUAUGCACUUUUAAAACAUUUCAAUAUCUGUUAAAAUCUGAAGUGCUCUGAUUGUAUAUUGCAAGCUCCUGUGCUGUUAAUAUUUGUAACCAGAACUGGAAUUUUUCCUGUUACGUGUUUCGUAAUUUUAACAGAACUGCCACUGCAGGUCACCACAGGAGCACAUUUCUCAGUGUUUAGAUCCACUUUGCUUGUUCAACUAAACUAGUUCAUCUAAAAAAAAAAAAAAAAAAAAAACAAAACUGCCCAUCAAAGGAGAAUGAUUUAAUCUAAUGAAAUCCACAUUUAUUGACAUGGGAGUUACCUGCUUACAUGUGCAACAAUACUUUGUGUAUGUUAGACCUUAUUUUGCCAAAAUGUAUUAAAUGUUUUUAUCUAUCCAUAUUUUACAGUGUGACAAAUCCCCUCCUCCAGACUCCUCACAGCACACUGAUACCUGCUUUGUUACAGUGAAAAGGGAGCUUUUCUUUUUCUGUAUAUUUCCAGUGUCAGUUGACUGACGUAGUGUGCACUCUAAUUGCAGUCACAGACUGAAUUUCCCAGGUUGUGUACUUGAUGUACUUAUGAAACAUGGGCCAACCUCAUAGUUAGUGACUGCUUCAGCCAGUGCCAGCCACCUCUGCUCACAGGUGAGCUCUCCUUUCAGUUUGGGCCAUGGUGCUGGCAUUUCUUUGCUGCUUGUGCCACAUCUUUGAACUGAGUUCUGGACCAAUAUUGCUAUAAAUUAUAUUUACUCAUUCUGGAUUAUUUUUAGUAAAAGUUUUUAUAUAUGUAUACUUUAUAUACUUCAAUUUUUCAGGAAUGUUUAGUAGAAGUAACUGGUGCUCUAGUCAAGAACAAGGGGAGGGCCAUGCAAAGUCAACCAAACAGUUUAUCAUACUCUGAUACAUGUGAACAUACUUUUCCUGUCAGGUGUAUUUAUACUGGUACAUUUGUUAAUUGAGUAGUUGGGUUAUUUUCCAUUUUGCUGCAAAAACACAAUUGUCAACCUAUUUACUAGAACAUAUUGUGUAGUUUUUAUAAAAGUAAUUGAUUUUAGUUAUGUGAGGCACAUGUGGAUCCAUAUAAGUAACAAAAGUUUUUAUGCCAUUGACCAAACAAGAAAUGUGUAAAGGAAAGGAACUGGUUAUUUGCUGUAAUGAGUAUUGUCCUUGUGUCCAAGUGCAAAUAUACUGCAGAAAUGUUGUACAAACUGCCUUAUUAAUUCCUUUUUAUGUUUGUGCAUUUGUCACUAAAUAAAAAUACCUGUAUGU